GCCGCCUCCGCGCGCGCCUUGGUCUCGGGUCAGCGCUCCCCUCCCCGACCCCAGCCCGCGUUGCGGCCCCAAACCAUCGGCGCCGGCUCUCAGCCGCAGCCCGUGUCCCAGACAGGCAGCCCGGGAUCGGCCGGGCCCGCGCAGGCCCCCGGCACCGCAGCACCAUGUUCCCCCGCCCGCUGACCCCGCUGGCGGCCCCAAAUGGCGGCGAGCCCCUGGGCCGGACGCUGAGGCGGGCCCCCUUGGGCCGGGCCCGGGCCGGGCUGGGGGCGCCGCCCCUGCUGCUGCCGUCCAUGCUGAUGUUCGCGGUGAUUGUGGCCUCCAGCGGGCUGCUGCUCAUGAUCGAGCGGGGCAUCCUGGCCGAGAUGAAGCCCCUUCCCCUGCACCCUGCCAACCGCGAGGGCGCAGCCUGGCGCGGGGCGGCCCGCCGGCCCGGGGGGCUGACCCUGGAGGCCGGGGACUCGGACUGGCAGGUGAGGCAGGACAUCCGAAACCGGACCUUGCGGGCCGUGUGCGGACAGCCAGGCAUGCCCCGGGACCCCUGGGACUUGCCGGUGGGACAGCGGCGCACCCUGCUGCGCCACAUCCUCGUGAGCGACCGCUACCACUUCCUCUACUGCUACGUCCCCAAAGUGGCCUGCUCCAACUGGAAGCGGGUGCUGAAGGUGCUGGCGGGCGCCCUGGACAGCGUGGACGUCCGCCUCAAGAUGGACCACCGCAGCGACCUGGUGUUCCUGGCAGACCUGCGGCCUGAGGAGAUCCGCUACCGCCUGCAGCACUACUUCAAGUUCCUGUUUGUGCGGGACCCCCUGGAACGCCUUCUGUCUGCCUACCGCAAUAAGUUUGGCGAGAUCCGCGAGUACCAGCAGCGCUACGGGGCCGAGAUCGUGAGAAGGUACAGGGCCGGAGCUGGGCCCAGCCCCGCAGGGGACGACGUCACCUUCCCUGAAUUCCUGCGGUACCUGGUGGACGAGGACCCUGAGCGCAUGAAUGAGCACUGGAUGCCUGUGUACCACCUGUGCCAGCCUUGUGCUGUGCGCUACGACUUUGUAGGCUCCUAUGAGAGGCUGGAGGCUGAUGCCAACCAGGUGCUGGAGUGGGUGCGGGCACCACCCCAGGUCCGAUUCCCAGCUCGCCAGGCCUGGUACCGGCCUGCCAGCCGCGAAAGCCUGCACUACCACCUGUGCAGUGCCCCACGGUCCCUGCUGCAGGAUUUGCUGCCUAAGUAUAUCCUGGACUUCUCCCUCUUUGCCUACCCGCUGCCCAAUGUCACGCGGGAGGCCUGUCACCAGUGACCAUGGGUGUGGGCCAGCAGCUGUUGGAGACUGGUUUUGACAAUGCCAGCUUCUUGUGCCCGCCACUCAGAGAAAUCCCGGCUCUGAGCCUGGAGCUUCUCCCGAUAUCUGGAUGACAGGGACUGCCCUUGGAGGUUUUUUGUCCAGGGUGGGUGCCCAACGUGGCUCAGAGGACAGGGUUGGACCGGAGGCCUGGUGCUCUCCCAUUGGGAAGAUUUCUUGGGGCCAGUAUGAUCUUUCUUGUCCUGGCAGAGCCAGAUACCAGUUCGCCAGUGAAGUAACACAUCUGUUCUGUAGACUGACUGCAUGGGUUGGGCACUUGGCCCACCUUACCCUGUGGCCGGACCCAGAGGUGACACCCAUCAGGAGCACAACCAGAGCCAGGUGCCCUGUGGCUCUGGUCACCCGUUCAUCCACGAGUUAGCAGUCAUGCCUUACAGAUAAAUUCUGUGCCUUUCUGCUUCAGACUCCGUUUCCUACACUUGCCAUGACCUUUCUAUUUUUUCCAAGGAAAGUAACACGGAGUGAGGGCUCUUGCCGGGUAGCUCCAGGACGCGGCCCUGCAGGCAUCCAAAGAACUCCGUGCCCAGCCUCUUCUUGGGGCUCUGGGCACCUCCUCUCUUCCCCCAAGUCUACGACUGGUGUAUCUGGCUGCCACUUUUCUGACUCAUUUAUUUAAAAUUUGUACUUUUUGAUAGAAGCCUCGUGAAGGCUUUGUUUUUCUAAUAGCUGCAUUUUUAUUAAAGAUGUUUUGUA